AUGAAUGAUCCGUCCGGCAAUAUAAUUUCAACUGAAACUCAAGACUUAUUGGAGGCACGCAUCGCUGAAUUAAGGAAAGUGCUUAAACUGAAACUAAUAUUAAAUGAAGUACGUGCAAUAAAAAAUAUUGGAAAAGAGCAAACUCCUGAGAUCAAACGCGCUCUUAAAUUGGUUUCGGUGGCUGAUUUUAUACGGCUGGGUGAUGGAACAGAGCAUUUACUAGGCUUGCAGGACUGCACCAGUUGUCCGUCGCUCAGUUAUACCGAUCGCAAAGCGUUGCGCUCUAAAUUGACAUCAAAUCUGAGUGCAAAGUUGACACAAAUUGUUGAAUUGGGCGACAGGAUUCGUUGCGAGCUACCAGAUGCAAUGUCAACAAAUAAUGGGGCGGACGCACAGCUGACAACAGGACAACAGGAAAUCAUUAAGCUUCAAAAGGAUCAACGCGAAUGCCUAGAGAAAUUAGUGGAAAAACGACGGGAAAAAUGUGAAUUAAUGUUGAUGGCAGCGGACUUGAAAAUGGGGCCACAUUUUGCUUACGAACUGAAGGUGCAACAAGCGCAGGCCGAACUGUGGCACACAAAAUCAGAUCUGAUGCGAAUGUAUUGUAUUCACAACAUUUUCUCACGCACUGAUCACAGCUUAAGGGCGCAUAAGGAAGUUGACAAAUAUGUCGAUGAGCUGCUUAGUGCCAAUCAGAAUCAUACAAAAGAAGUCGCCAAUAGACGUUAAAUGCAAUGAAAUAAUACAAAAACAACCGAUUAUACAAUUUUAAGAAAAAUAUACAUAUACAUAUAUACAU